UGCACAAUUUAACCUUAACCAAUACGGUGACCAAACGUGUCCAUCGGAAAAAGUGACGCCAGGGCAAAGCAAAAAGAGCAUAAUUAAACAUCAGAAUAUGCUUCGCUCUGCUCUGCAAAUAUCCCUUUCUCUUUGCUCACCUAUGAUUAUUUUAAUUUUUAUUUAUUUAUUUACAUAAUCUCUCUUUUUUCCUCUAUAAACUUUUCAAACUCAUCGCCAUCGCUCUUUAAUUUUAUUUGGCUUUCGUUCACCAAUUCGUUUGUUUGAAGCGUUUUGUAGUUUUAGUCAUCAAUAUGGAGCUCAUACAGGACCUGUUUUUGACGGCGUCUUUCGCGCUGAUUCUCUCUUUCCUGGUUGCGAAGCUCGUUGCCAUGGCGGUGGCUGGCCGUGAAUCGGAAGCGGAGUUCAGAGAGUGUGAGAAUGCCGGUGGAGGUGUUGUUUUGGAGGAGGUGAGUUUCGAAGAGAGGAGACUGAAAGUGGAAGAGGCUUUUCAUGGCCAGAGGAGGGUUGAGUUCGUCGGAGAAGUGAAGGAGGUCGAUCAAUUUCAAUUCGAAGACAAACCGGUUCAUCGAGUUGAGGAAAUUGAAGAAACACUGCCGCAUCAUCAAGAAGGUCGUGAAUUGACGGAGAAGGUGUCGGAGGAAGAAGGUUUGGGAGGAGAAGAGUCGGUGGCCGUCGGAUUGCCGGAGAAUCCAUCGGACGGGGAGGAGAAAUUGUCGGUUGAGAAAGCGAGAGACUUCGAUCAUCA